AAAUUUUUUUGGUUUAAAAAAAAAUUUCGAACGUUUCCAACUUGCUAUUUCGACCCAAACGAUUCAACAAAGUGUUGCCUUUUUUUGGUUCGAAAAAUUCUUUUUUGGAUUUACAAAAUGAAUUUUCCCGAAACAAAUACCGUUCAUUAUCAUCUUUAUCGUCGUCGUGGUCAUGAUGAAUGUCCAUCAUCAUCACUGAUUGAUCGUUAUUUAAAACAUCUUUCUAGCCAUUUGAAUGGAUAUAUUUGGCAUAAUGAAUGUUUUCAUUUGAAACAAAAAUCUUAUGAUCAACAAACCGAACAAUAUUUAUUUGGUCAAUGUAAUUAUGGUGAAAAUAUUGAUGAUGAAUGGUUUAUUGUUUUUCUAUUAAAAUUAUUAACCGAAUUUGAUGAUCAACUUUUCGUUCGUAUACAAGAUGAAGAUGGUGAAUUUUUAUUGAUUGAAUCGGCUGAUUAUCUACCCAGAUGGGCACAAGAACCAUCACGUACAGUGGAUCGUGUUUUUAUCUAUCGCGGUAAAAUUCAUCUGGUAUCAUCAAAAUUUGUUGAAAAAGAUUUGAACAAACGAAAAUUCAUAUGGGAUUGUAUUCGAUUUAUUGAAUCAAAUCCGAAACAAACUGAAUUAAAUCAAUCAAUACAACAUUGUAUUCAAAAUCGAAUAGAAAUAUUUCAACCAAUCAAUAUCCAACGAUUAUAUCAUAAUGCACAUUGUUUAUUACCAAUAUCAUUGGUUAUUUUAUUGGAUUAUCACCCGGAAUUAAUCUCGGCUGCUAUUCGUUCAUAUUAUUAUCGUACACCGGAUGAUUUGAAAACGAUUGGAACAAAUCACCAUCGUUUCAAUAAUGAUCAAAAAAUUCUGACAAAUGUUCGAUUUACUCGUUGUCUUUAUGCACAGUUAACAUCACAAGAUGUUAAUGAUGUUCAGAAAUUAUUGUCACCGUCAUCAUCGAAUGACAAUCAUUUGUUGAAUGGCGUAAAAAUUAUUGCCGGUUUUGAAAUUUUAUUGCAAAAUUCAGAAAUGAUGAAGAAUACUGUGGAAUCGAAGGCUGGCAAAGUGGUCAACGAAUUUCUGACCACUAUUUUAACCGAAGAAUUGAUUGAAGAAUUUUUAAAAAACAAAUCAUCAUUACCACCUGAAGAUGAUGAUAGUUGGUUGAAUAUCAACAGUGAACAGCAAUUUGAUGAGUUAUUGAAUGCCAAAUUUAAUCAACAACAAUCAUCAUCUAAAACGAAUGAUAAUUUUGUGGAAAAUAUUCCGAAAACAUUGGAAAAAUUUUUUCAAAAUCAAGAUUCGGGUAUUGAUGGUGUUGAGCUACCACAAGCGUUGCCAAACGAUGCCAAAAGUAAAUCAAAAUUCAAUUUAAUUGAAGAAUUUGAUGAAAAAGAAUUUGUUGAAUUUUUUCGAAAAAUGGCUCAAACAGAAUCGGAUAAUUCGGAGGAAUCAGAUUCCGAUGUUGAUGAUGAUGAUACAGAUGAUGACGAUUGUAAUGAUGAAUCAGAAUUACCCGAAAUGGAAGCCUAUAUUGCCCGAAUGGAUCAAGAAUUAUCGAAAACAAUUUUGGCAAAUAGUUUUGAACAAGCACCAAAACAAUUAGAUUCUGAUGAUGAUGAUGAUGAAAAUGAUCUAAAAUAUAAUGCCGUAUCAAAUAUUUUGAAAAGUUUGAAUGAAGAAAUUGAAAUAACCGAUAGUAGUAAUGGUGUUGGUCCGGCAACAGCAUUGUUUGCUUUUAUGAAUCAAGAGUUACCCGAUAGUUUAAGAAAGAAAGAAACAUGAAUCAUUUUGAAUGAUAAGAAAAUUUUUUUACUACAAAAUUAACAAAUGGCCAAAAUCCAUGUUCAAAAUUCCAUUCGUUUUUGUGCUUUAAAUAUU